AUGAUGUUAGAAAUUCCAAUGCUCAAAAAAUUGAAUACUAAAAUAGAACCAAACUUUGAUUGCAGUAGUUCUAAACUGUAUGACAAAGGAGAGAACAUCUACAUUCCAUUAGAUGGGAAACUCACAACAGAAUAAUUUGUAUUUCUACCAAAUCAAGCAUUCACUCAAAUGGGUCUGUCCUAGUAAACUUUCUAUGCAUUAAAUAAAGAAAGCUAUAAUCACAGAGUGCUAAUUAUUAAAGUGAUCAACAUUUGGCCCCAUCUAGAUUACGAAAUUAAGGAAGAUCUCAAGUAUCUACAACUGAUAACUUAAAACAAACUCUUAAACAAAUACUCUACACUGCCUACAUUUCUAUUCUAAUACCUAGACAGGAUUAUAGUUAUGCACAGAUAGCUGAUGGCAUCAUGUUUCAGAAUGGAAGACAAGUCAUUCAUCAUUUUGAAGGAGAGGCCGUAGCAAUCACAGAAUGCAGAUUAUAUGGCUUAAAAAAAUCAAGAUAUUCAAUAUCUAACUUUAUUUGGUGAGUGUGAUGUCAAAUUAACUUUGCAUAAUCCAGAACUUAUGUUGAAAUCUGCAGUCCUGCAAUUUGAUUCUCCUAAGUAUGCUUAACAAAGUGUUAUCAAGGAUAUUAAGACCAUCAAGGAGUUAAUUAAAGGAGAAGAUUACUAACAAUUGAGAUAAAAAUUAAAUGAGGUUUUCGGUAAGAAAAUAAGUGACCAAUAAUAAUAAUUCACCAUCUAAUAGAUUUAAUAACAACAACAGUAACUCCAACAAAAUAGUGUAAGACAGCGAACUUCCAGUAACCAAGAUGAUUCUAACUAACUAAAAAAGCAAGUCUUUCGUAGAAUUUAUUUUGCCAGAGAAAUAGACAAAACUUAAAAAGAGCAACCUUCCCUUGGAGAAAUCAAAAAAAUCAACUAUACUCCCUUGCGUAAUAGGUAAUCUCGUGUCAAGAUGAACAACUCCAAUAUUCGACAAAAGACGAUAGAAAAUUAAUAACAGAAUUAGCAAUCGGCUGUCUAAUAACAAUGUCUACCCAUUAUUAAAAGCUUUGUUAAUAUGGAGGAAUAUCAAUAACAAUAAUAGCAAAUGAAGAAAAAGAAGGAUCAAUAGAGAAAGAGACACAUUUAAAAUAAGUUUAUUGAAUUUGAUAAAAUUUUGAAUUAGUUAAUAAAAUGA